UGAAAGGCUGUGCCUCUGAAGGAUUGCUCUACAGCUGAACUCACCUAACUCCACAGUUAACUCCAGUAAAAUGAUGAGAAAAGGGAAUUCCCUGGAGGACUCCGUUUUUCUUUCUGAAAGUCAGAACACCUUCCAAAAGUCAAGUAAUGACACCCCUGUCAGCCCUACAGAGAGUUUCGGAUCAGUAUUUAUAAGUUCAGAUGGAGAAAAUGGAACAGAUGAAAAAAGAAAGGCAGGAAAAUCACCUACUGUGUUGCUGCAGACCCCUACCAUUGAAAUGGAAUAUUUUGAUGACCGGAAAAAAGUUGAUGUUGCAAGGACAAAGAGCAGCACAGAUAGUCCACUCCUGACAGUGGAUAUCAAGAGUGACUCCAAGAUUGAAAGAAAAAAACGUGCCUCAAAUCAGCUGAAGGCAAAUGCACACUUUCAUAAGCUGUUUCUAGAUGUUCCCAUUGAUGAGCCACUGAAACAAAGCUUUACCUGUGCUCUGCAGAAAGAAAUUCUGUACCAAGGAAAGUUAUUCCUUUCUGAAAACUGGAUUUGCUUCCAUUCCAAGGUUUUUGGUAAAGACACUAAGAUUAGUAUACCUGUGCUCUCGGUGACGCUUUUGAAGAAAACCAAAACUGCUCUUCUUGUGCCAAAUGCUCUGAUCAUAGCAACAGUCACUGAUAGGUACAUGUUUGUUUCCUUACUCUCCAGAGAUACCACCUACAAACUGUUAAAAUCUAUCUGUAGACAUCUUGAGGAUACAAGCACAGGCAACAGUCCAAAUCCAUCUUCUGCAGAAAACAGCUUCAGGGCUGAUCGUCCUACAAUUCUGCCCUUGGUAAAUGGCUUAGAGGAUUUCAAUGAAGACUAUUCUGAUCUGGAUGGAAUAGUGCAGCAGCGGAGACAAGAGAUGGAAGAGUCCAGCAGCACAAGCUCACAGACCCCAGAGCUGGAAUGCUUCCAAGAUUAUCAUGUUGUUGAGACACAGACUCACUUGAAAGUUUCCAAGACUGAGGCAAAAUCCAUCCGUUCAGAUGCACACAGUAAACGUGGACCUGAUGGAAAAGCCCGAAACAGUCCUCGAAAUGGCAGUUCUGAAGCCUUCGGGUUCUUCCACAAAGUAAAGUCCCAGAAGCUCUUAUCCCUGAACCAUAUACUUGUAUUUUACGCAAUUCUUGUUUGUGUAUUAAUCUUUUCUACCUUCUACAUGAGAUAUAAAAUCAGUGUCCUGGAGGAACGCCUUAUUUCCAUCACAUCCUUUGAUUCACAUAUUAAGGAACAACCAGUACGCCAAGGCUUGGGAUCUCACCUGCAAAUUAAUGCUGAUGCCCUUUGUGAUGAGUUAACUGCUAAUCUUAUAAAAUUGGAAAAGAUACAGAACAACUUACAAAAACUACUUGAAGACAGUGAAUGAAACGUUGAUAUUCUUGGACUGCUUCAGACCUCAUUCUUCUCUCUUGACAAACAGUUCCAAAGGAGCUCUGCUGGCCAGAGUUCAAGCUUCUUCAUUUUCAGUCCAAGCCAAGCUUAAACUACUGUAAAGCUCAUGGCAUAAUGCAGAAAGUCAGUUUAUUCUUGAGCAUGUAUGUUUUGAAAACAUAUGUUUUGAUCUACAUGUAUCUAUAUGUUUUGAAAAUAUGGGGAUUUUUCCUUCUCUGUUGUGUGUGAAUUAAUGAAUUUUAUAGCUUGCUUGAUUCUAGACUUGCUUACACCAGUGCAAACCUGGUGCAACUCCUUUUACCUCAGCAUUUGCUUUUUGCCUAUUGUCAUAGAAGUGUAAAUGGAAAAAAUUCCAGUCAUGACUCCUGUGCUGAAGUGUUGUGUGAAUGAGCUGGUACCUCUCUCAGCUAUAGUUACAGAUCGGUGCUAUGCUCUUCAUUUUUACUUAUUUAUGCCCUGGCAUCCCAAAGAUCAGAAAAGAGACACCUCUGGAUUUGGUUAUGUGAAGUUCUGCAUGUUCAAGGUGUGCUCAGUUCUCAGGUGUGGCAAAAAGGCUCAAUUCCACUUUCCAUGGUAUUGCAUCACCACUGAGAGUAAGGUCUAUUUCUACUGCACGUUCAAUUUCCACUGAAGUCAAGCUUGAAAUAUGUAUGUACUUGCCAACUUACAAUCAAGUUGCUUAGGAGUAGCAGUGUGAGUGUGACAUAUCUGCACAACUUAGAAAAACUGCUAGGUUUUUUGUCCACGGUCUCUGUCCAUUAAGUUAAUAGUUGUGAAGACCCUCAGUCAGCUUUCCUUGAAGUUGCAUGGGGUUUUGGAUCACUGAGCAAGUGCAAUUUGUGCUCCAGCUGAUGGAAAUCUAGCCUUGGUAUGUGACUCCAGGGACCAGAUAUUUCCACAUCAUCGGAACUGGCAAAUUAAUGAUGCAACAAUACAAUCAGUAGAGUGAAUGAAAAGUGGACACGUGCUUUGUUAGAUCAUAGUAUUUUUUCUUCACAGUGCCUGGGGAUUUUUAGCUUUCUGAUUCACCAAGCAGGCUGAUUCAUUUUUCAAAAGCAAUAUUUGGGAUAAAUAACAACUAGUAUCUGUAAAGUAACAGUAUUGUUUAUAAUAUGCUAUGCAUUUUAUAACCAUUUCUGUGAAAUGUACCUACUUUGUUUAAAUAAACUUUGUUAAAAUGA